AUGUCAUCGAAUAAACAUUGCAGCCCUAUUUCAGAAGACGAAAACCGAUAUGCAGUAAUAGAUGAAAAGAAGCAGAGGAGAAUGGUUUCGAACCGUGAAUCAGCGAGGAGGUCGAGGAUGAGACGCCAGCAGCAUAUCAAGGACCUGCAACAUGAAAUCAUGCACUUCAUAAGUAAAAGCAAUGAAAUGGUUCUGAUGAUGAAUGAUAUUACACAAUGUUAUUCAAUUAUCGAGUCAGAGAACAUAAUCUUGAGAGUACAGAAAGAAGAACUAUGGAGAAGGCUGGAGUAUGUGGAAAUGGUUAGCAACUACAUGUAUAUGGCAAAUGAGCAUUCAGUGAGCAGUCUUCAGGAUUACUGGCUUAAUCCUUGGUAG